CGACUCAAAAACAACCAGACGAAGCAGAUAGUUGUUGCGUCGUUGCUAUGGCGAUUCUGGCGCAACCAUCCGUAGUAACUUGGUGUUAAGAGUUUUUUAUUAAAGCUUUUACUAAAACCAAUUAAAUACAGCAUCAUGUCUGAGACUACAACACUUAAAAUCUCUUACAUUUUCCCAAAUGGAGACAAAUAUGAGGGCGAGUGCUCUCGUACUUCAGAUGGUGUGGUAAUAAGAAAAGGGUCUGGCACACAGACAUCAGCCUCUGGACUUACAUACACUGGGGAAUGGGGCAAUGAUAAGAUGAAUGGCACAGGAACUCUCACACACCCGUCAGGAGCAAUUUACAGUGGCCUGUUCAGAGACAACAUGUAUCACGGCAAAGGAACUUACACAUUUCCAGAUGGGACAAAAUACACUGGAACCUUCAGCAACAACAGAUUAGACGGUGAUGGGGAGUUUACAGAUUCACAAGGACUUGUGUGGACUGGGAAGUUCCAUAACAAAGCAGCACUGGGACUGAAGCUCAAAGUCAACAUGUGACAUGCACAGAUAUACACAGAAGCACACCAUUUAAAUGAAUACACUUUACAUUUUCUGUCCUUUUUUUGAAUUAGAUGGCACUCACUAAAAAGUACUGCACUGAUUUAAUCACUGGACCAAACUGAACUUUAAAAGAUAAUUACACUGAAUUAUUAAAUAGCGAGAGUAAAAUAUGAGCAUCUUAUGAAGUGAGCAUUUGAGUCAACCUAAGGCAAACACUAAGAAUUAACGCCUGUGAAACACACAGCUUGCAGCCUUUAGGCAUUGAUGUGAUCUGUUAAACAGAUGAAAUGACUUCAGUUCCAGCGGCAUCCACCGAACAUCAAGAACACAAGUUCCCACACACUGCACUUUAGAAAGAAUCACUACUUUGUUUUGUGCGAGGGGUGAGAGAAAUGUGAUUCUCUGUGUACUGUUCGGCAUUGGUGGAGCGCAUCUCCAAAAUACACGAGCACGCACAAGCAGCCGAGCUCAUGACUGUGGUGAGAAGUCAGGAGUUGUGUAAGAGCGUGAAGCUCAAUUUCCUGUCCUCUGGAGUGAGAAUGUGUUUACUGUGGAUCAGGAGAGCCCUGCAGUCCACUUCUAAUCCUGCUUUAAAUAAACCUGAAGCUCCAGUGCGUUUGAUUAGACUUUAAACUGAAUAACUUCUUGAGGUUUUUUAUUUAUUGCUUUCAUUGUUUUACCUUAAUUAAAUCUGGUAUGACUCGAUGUUCACUUCUGAGUUUAUGACAA